ACGUUACGUUUUUUACUUCAAAAUCUGUUAAAAAUGAUAAAAGAAAGAGCAAAAAUCGAUUUUCGCCCUUCAUGAAAGCCAACAUGCGUGUGAGAUGAACGAUCUUCAUUCCUUUCUUUAGAAAUUUUGAGUCUCUGUCGAAAUAUAUGCUGUAUUGCAUAUUAUUGUUACAUCCAUAUGAUUGAAAAAACUGAGCUUUGUUUUUUUUUUUUCUGAUAAAGGCCGGAACAAUUUAUCCGGCUCCUUCUGGUUGGUGAAAUUUGAAUUCAUUAUAUGGGGAUCCAGUUAUUGUAACUCUCAGUGAUUUUUCGAUUGGGAUUGGUGUCUUCUCGAUUUGUGAUGGGUUUCGAUUACUAAGUUUUCUUCUAAGGGAUCGUGCUGAUGUUGUUCGAUGAAAUGCCUGAAAGAAAAAUUGCCCAUUAAUCUUAGUCUCGUCCUUUUUGUUCUUUAGGGGAUCAAACUUGAAAUUUGUUUAUACUGAACUUGAUUGAUGAGUAUAAUUGUGCAUUGCCCUACACAAGUUGGAAAGAGAGUGAUGGAAGAGAAGCCAUUUUUAGAUAGAAUGCUUCAUCAUCUUCGUGCAUCUUGCAAGUAUUACACUGGCUACCCAAAGGAUCUCGGGCCGUCACGGGUUAUUCAUUUUACGUCGGAAAGAGAAUUUGUUCAACUCCUUCACGAGGGUCAUCCCGUGGUUGUGGCAUUCACCAUAAGAGGUAACUACACGAUUCAUCUUGAUCGGGUGCUUGAGGAAGCUGCUACUGAGUUCUAUCCCAACAUAAAGUUUAUGCGUGUUGAGUGCCCCAAAUAUCCCGGAUUCUGUAUAAAGCGCCAGAAGAAUGAAUACCCUUUCGUCGAAAUAUUCCAUAGUCCGGAACAAGCGGCUGCUAAUCAAGGAAAGGUUUUAGAUCCAAAUAUCACCCGAUAUUCUGUAAAAGUUCUGCCCUUCAAUUAUGAUAUAAGCCCUUACGGGUUCAGAGAAUUCUUCAAGCGCCAUGGGAUACGCACUUCGGAUCCAAAAUGAAAUGUUGAAGAAGACUAUUUAUUAGUGCAACAAUGGCGCCUCUGGCUACCAAAGGGCCGUUUAGAAGAUGAUAUUUUUUUUUCCCUUAACAUUUCUUGAAUCUCGUUACGUCUAAAGUCUGUAGUUUGGUCCGAAACCCAUUUGACUGAGGUGUGAGGGAAACGAAUGAAUGGUUAAAGAACAAGAUCCCGAAUACAUGGCUUCAAAUCUUCUCCGCCUGCUUC